AUCGACAACCAUAAUGACACCAUUACCCCACAACCCCCAGGCCGAAGCGCCGGCCUCCGAGGAACCCAUCCCAACAACCAUCCUCCUAGCUACGGCCGCCGAAGAAGAUUACAACUCAGCAGAAGACGAAGAUUUCGACCCCACCGCCGUCCCGCAACGCACCGCGGAAGAGCUAGAAUCAUCAGACUCAGAGCCGGAACACUCGACAACAAAACCCAAACGGAAGCAAAAACGUCGUAGGGGAUCAUCUUCGUCCGAAGGCAGUUACGCAGAUAUAUCCGGUGGUGAGGGUGGGUUGAUUAAGACUCGGGCACAGCGAUUAAAAGAGUCCACCGAUGGGGGGAAGGUUGGGGGGGUUCUGGGUGGGGCUGUGGGAGCGACGACGACGGAUGUGGAUGAGUUAUGGCGGCAGAUGAAUUCUAAACCGAACCUGAAACGGAGGAGCCCUCUUCCAGAGACAGUGAAGCGGGAGGUAGCAGAUGAGGAAAGGAACAUGGGAGACGAGGCGAGGGAAGGGUUGAACACAUUUGGUGAAGAAACAAUAACAAUAUCCCGAACAUACACCUUCGCUGGCACCGUUGUCUCGGAAGCGAAAACGGUUCCCAAGUCCUCCCACGAGGCGCAGACGUAUUUAUCUACGCUGCCUUCCGCAUCUUCGAUCCCUACCCCUUCUGCCCCCUCCGCCCCAGCCAACGGUCUCCCGCCUCGCCGUCCACCGCCCAAAAAGCGCGCCUCGGCAUUCGAUUCCGCCGCGGCGGCACGAAAGCCCGCUACGUCGACCGCCACACAGAAACUAAAUACUUUGGAAAAGAGUCGUCUGGAUUGGGCUGGGUUUGUGGAUAAAGAGGGCAUUGGGGAUGAGUUGAAGAAGCACACUUCUGGCGAUAAGUCCUACUUGGACCGCCAGGCGUUCUUAGGAAGGGUGGAUGAGAAGAGGGAAAGGACCUGGAAGGAGGGGAAAGGGAAGUGAGGUUGGAAGAAGGAAAAAAGGGGGUUUAAUGAAAAUGGUCGGAUAUGUAAGAUGGGGAGGGAUUUUCUCCCUGCGUUCCCGCAUUUUGCUUUGCAUCUCGGGGCUUGAUCGGAUUCCGAGCCUUUUUUAUGCAUAUUUUAAGGGGGUAAAACCGAAUAAAGCGAGCUGUUCUUUCUCUUUGAACAGAGAUAUAGAUACCGGGAAAGCGCCUUUACUGCAGAGUUCGGCGUAUAUAUAUAUACAAAGAUAGAGAUACACCGUGAUAUCACACAAGCUAGGGUUUCUUCCU